CUGCAUUAGCCACAAUCUUCCUGUAUCAGCCUCCUCCACCAUGCUGAAAACAGUGGCUACUUGCCUUUCCUCGUCAGUGUCCCACUGUUCAGGUGACAAACAUCCAAUAUAACCUUAUGACUUGUAGUUUUUUUCUUUGUUGUGAUCUUCCAGCAGCCUUCCACUGAAUGAUGUUUUUUACAUGUUUAUUAUUUUUAGGAUAAAAUUGAUACUUAGGAGCUAUUUAGGCUUCAUUUUCAAAGCCAAACCUAAGUGUCCAGAACCCUGCAAAGGCCAGGCCUUUUCUUAGCAAGGGAUCUUGGACUGAAUGGUUACAUUCAGCCUUCCACUUACUCUAUUAAACUGUCUACAAAUACUUGGGGUACAACAGAGCCCAGUCCUUCUGCUUACACACAGAUGAUUUUCUUGGCUUCUCAGACUCAAACCAUGAUGAGCCAGCUCUCAUCCUGAGUAAUUUUUCCAGAAAUGCUUGUCCAGAAGGGCACUGAGGCUAAUUUCCAGAAGGCAUGAGCAAUUAAAUAUGGAUAGAAGCACAGAUUUGAGCCUGAAACAUGCCUGAACCAGGAUGUCCUGAGAUCUGCAACAGCUAAUGCAAAAAGAUUGUUUUACACGUGGGGGGUCCAUUAGAGACCAUUUGCUCACCCACCUUUCCAUUUGGAGUCAGAAACUCCCCCUUCCAUCUCGUUAAGGAUAUUGAAUUUUAAAGGAGAUUUGAUUAAGCUGAAUUUUAAAAGACUUUUAAAAGAGUGGUCUGCCAGAUAUUAAACUUGCAUAAAACCAAAUGUGCUACUAACUCACAGGCAGUUACACCUAUGUAAGGCAUUUGCCAAGCUCAGUUCUGAGUAAGAAAGGAUAUAUGCAGUAACUGAAGAUUAAAAUGUGAGAUGUGUUUCUGCUUAUCAAGGAAAAAUAAUUGCAGCCACAGGAUAAUCAAAGAAAUUAAAGUACAAUAAACCUAAAUAUUGUCAACACAGAUUUCAGAAUUUGAUAGUUAUGAAAAGGGCUUCAGAAAACUAACAUUUUUACCAUGUUUUAUGAAACUGUACUUGUAUAAAAUUCGGGGGCAUUCUUGAGAUUUAUAUAAAAUAGGUUAGUAUGCAUAUUAAAAUAAAGUCAGACAUUAAAUACAGACUGAAUUUGACAUGGGGAUUUUUUUCCCUUUCUUUUUCCAGCAUAAAUAUGGCUGAACUUUCAGAGCCAGAAGGUACUGUAAACUGGAAGGAAAGAUGUUUAACUUUGGAGUCACAGUUAAUGAAAUUUCGUCUCCAGGCAAGCAAGAUCAGAGAACUGUUAGCAGAAAAGAUGCAGCAGCUUGAGAAGCAAGUUAUAGAUGCUGAUCGUCAAGCAGAGAGAGCAUUUCAGCAGGUACAGAUCAUGGAAGAGAAAUUAAAAGCAGCAAAUGUUCAAACAAGUGAAUCAGAAACCAGGUUGUAUAAGAGAUGUCAAGAUCUGGAGAUCCUGAUACAAGAUAAAAAUGAUAUAAUACAAAAAUUGGAGCAACAACUUGAAGAACAGAAGCAAAUAAGACUGCAAGAAGCAAAAAUCAUAGAAGAAAAAGCAGCUAAAAUAAAAGAAUGGGUGACAGUCAAGCUUCAUGAGUUAGAGGUGGAAAAUCAGAACCUUCGCUUGAUCAACCAAAAGCAAACCAAAGAGAUGAAGACAGUACAAUCUAGACUGCAAGAAGCUGCUGGUAAGAAAUCUCUUACUUCAGCACAGAAACCUGGAGAGUGUCAGCGACUAAGCAGUUUGACUUUUGGAUGCUUUUCAAAUAGAGCAAGAAGUCCUCAACCUUCUCCUAAGCUUGAAGAAAUAAGCAAGGCUUCAUCUAAAGAGUCAGACUACCCUGAAGGCAAAAACAUGCCAGAGAAGGAUAUCCUGGAAACUACCUUUGCUGGUCCUGUACACGAGACAAAUAAAGGUCAGAAGUCAUUGCAACAAAGUUCCUCUGGCUCAGAGCAAAAUAAAAAUGUGAGAACAAGCUGCUCAUCCAAAGACAUAGACAGUGACAUGUCAAAGAACUCAUGCACUACUGGGAGUGACUGGAGCUCAGAUGAGGAUGGAGGAGACAAUAAAGGACUGAAAUCCAGGUGUGCAUCGACACUUUCAAGCCACACAUCUGAAGAGAACACAAGGUACAGUAGAGUGGGAAGUGAAAUGUAUUUGACAGCGUCUGAUGACAGUAGCUCUCUCUUUGAAGAAGAGAGUUUUGAUGUUAAAAGGACUCAGCAAAAGAAGCUAUACUCGUGGCAGCAAGGGUCUCAAAGAAAAGGCCUGAGCAAUCCAGGUGGAAAGUGCAACUCUGACUUCGCAAGGAAAAAGAAAGACCAAGAUAGUUCUUCAGAUGAACUGAAUAAGAAAUUUCAAUCACAGAGGCUUGAUUAUUCAUCCUCAUCCAGUGAGGCAAAUACCCCAAGUCCAAUUUUAACCCCUGCUCUGAUACCCAAACACCCAAUUCUAGCAACUUCUGCAGGUUCUCAGUGCCCAACUCCAUCAGAUUUUCCCUCAAAUUUGCCACAUCCAAAGUUACGGACUCCUAAUGUCUUUAGUCUAAAUUCGGUGCUAGCAAAGAAACACCUAAGCCAGCCCCAGCUGAGUUCUGACAGAAUGUUUGGUAGGAAUAGAAAUGCCAUCAGCAUGAUCCGUCCAUGGAGACCUCAGGAAACAGACAUAGAUCUGGUGGAUGGAGAAGAUACUGAUAUUUUAGAGAGAAUGGAGAUUGGCUGUGAUGAAGGACUGUUUACCUAUGACUGCACUGAAGCACAAAAUGCUGAAGCCCAGGAACUUUGUGAUACGACAAAAAAGGGUGCCAGCAACAAACCUCCAACACCUCCAUUACAUCGAUUUCCUUCCUGGGAAAGUAGAAUUUAUGCUGUAGCCAAAUCUGGUUUAAGGAUGUCUGAAGCUUUCAGCAUGGAAUCUCUUAAUAAAAGUGCUGGUUCACUAACUUCAUGCUCCAUAUCUGGAUUAUAUACUUCUCUGAUAUAUAAGAACAUGACCACUCCUGUCUACACCACUUUGAAAGGGAAAGCAACUCAAAUAAGCAACAGCCCAUUUCUAGAUGAGUCGUCAGGAUCUGAGGAAGAAGACAGCUCUCGCUCCAGCUCCAGGACUUCUGAGUCUGAUUCUCGAAGCAGAAGUGGCCCAGGGAGCCCUCGGGCUAUGAAACGAGGCGCAUCUCUGUCUUCUGUGACCUCGGAAAGUGACUAUGCUAUUCCUCCAGAUGCAUAUUCAGUAGAUACAGACUAUUCAGAGCCAGAGCAGAAACUUCCUAAGACCUCAUCCUCAUCUAGUGAUAAUGGAAAAAAUGAACCUUUGGAAAAAUCUGGAUAUCUGUUAAAAAUGGGUGGUAAAGUAAAGACCUGGAAACGACGGUGGUUUGUGCUUAAAGGAGGUGAAUUGCUAUAUUACAAAUCUCCAAGUGAUGUUAUUCGAAAGCCUCAAGGUCAAAUUGAGCUAAAUGCAUCCAGCCACAUUGAAAGGGGUGAUGGAAAACAAACAAUUCAGCUGACCACAGAGAAACGAACAUACUACCUGACUGCAGAUUCCCCCAACAUCUUAGAGGAAUGGAUCAAAGUACUGCAGAAUGUUCUUAAAAUACAGGCUGCCAGCCCACUCUUCUCACAGUCUGAAAUCAAGCCAGCCAUGAAAGGAUUACUUACAAAGGUGAAACAUGGAUAUUCCAAAAGGGUUUGGUGCACCCUAGUCGGAAAAAUUCUGUAUUAUUUCCGUAAUCAAGAAGACAAGUUUCCUCUUGGUCAAAUCAAGCUUUUUGAGGCAAAGGUUGAAGAAGUUGAUAGAUCCUGUGAUUCUGAUGAAGAUUAUGAAGCCAGUGGUCGCAGUUUAUUAUCAACCCAUUACACUGUUGUUAUCCACCCCAAAGACCAAGGACCCACUUAUCUUCUUAUAGGAUCCAAACACGAGAAGGACACGUGGCUUUAUCAUCUCACAGUUGCAGCUGGAAGUACCAGUGUAAAUGUUGGAUCUGAGUUUGAACAACUUCUUUGCAAAUUAUUAAAUGUGGAAGGUGAUGCCACUUCUCAAAUUUGGAGACAUCCUACCCUUUGCCAUAGCAAAGAAGGAAUUACUUCCCCUCUUACAACAUUGCCAUCAGAAGCUCUGCAAACUGAAGCAAUUAAAUUAUUUAAGACCUGCCAGUUGUUUAUAAAUGCUGCAGUUGACUCUCCUGCCAUUGAUUACCAUGUAUCUUUGGCCCAAAGUGCUUUGCAGAUCUGCCUCACGCAUCCUGAACUUCAAAAUGAGAUCUGUUGCCAACUUAUUAAACAGACCAGACGUCGACAUCCACAAAACCAGGCAGGACCAAUACAGGGCUUGCAGCUCUUGGCCCUCUGCGUUGGACUCUUUCUGCCCCAGCACCCAUUCCUUUGGCUUCUUAAACUCCAUUUAAAGAAGAAUGCAGAUUCCAGGACUGAAUUUGGGAAAUAUGCUAUAUAUUGCCAGCGCUGUGUAGAACGUACCCAGCAGAAUGGAGACCGAGAAGCCAGACCUUCCAGAAUGGAAAUCCUUUCCACUCUCCUGAGAAAUCCCUACCACCAUUCCCUGCCCUUCAGUAUUCCAGUUCAUUUCAUGAACGGCAUAUAUCAGGUUGUUGGGUUUGAUGCUUCCACCACAGUAGAGGAAUUUCUGAACACUCUGAACCAAGAUACAGGGAUGAGGAAACCAGCUCAGUCAGGAUUUGCACUGUUUUCUGAUGAUCCCUCUGGCAAGGACAUAGAGCACUGUCUUCAAGGAAACAUCAAGAUCUGUGACAUUAUUUCAAAGUGGGAGCAAGCCUCCAAAGAACAACACCCUGGGAAAUGUGAAGGCACAAGGACUGUCCGCCUUACUUACAAAAACAGGCUUUAUUUUUCAGUUCAAGUUCAUGGGGAGACAGACAGAGAGAAGCUGCUGCUAGUGUAUCAGACAAAUGAUCAAAUAGUCAAUGGACUUUUCCCUGUAAACAAAGAAUUAGCAAUGGAAUUGACAGCCCUUUUAGCUCAGGUAGAGAUUGGAGAUUUUGAACGGCCUUUCUCAACUCCAGCAGGGCAAGUCACUUCCCAGUCCAAGUCCAACCAAACACUAAAGCAAGUUUUGGAGAGAUUCUACCCUAAGAGAUACAAGCAAGGUUGUUCAGAGGAACAGUUAAGACAGCUUUGCCAGCGCCUGUCGACAAGAUGGAUGGCUCUCCGUGGGCACAGCGCCGCAGACUGCGUGCGCAUUUAUCUCACCGUGGCCAGGAAAUGGCCCUUCUUUGGGGCUAAACUGUUUGCAGCAAAACCUCUAGCAACAGCCUCAGUUGAGAAGUCCUUCAUAUGGUUUGCUGUCCAUGAAGAUGGCAUAAGCAUCCUGGAUUACAGCUCCAUGCGACUGACAGUUACAUACACAUAUAAGAGCCUGAUGACUUUUGGAGGCUAUCAAGAUGAUUUUAUGCUGGUUGUUAACAAUGCUCAGACAAAGGACAAAUCAACUGAAAAACACCUUUUUGCCAUGACAAAACCAAAGAUUCUUGAGAUCACUCUACUGAUUGCCAGCUACAUUAACAACUUCCAUCAGCUAAAAGGAGCUGCUCAUCAUCUCUCUGCUCCAGCAUUACUGGCACCUCAAAGUGGACAGAAACUCAAGGAAAUGGGGAGCCAGCCACUUCUUGCAAUCAACAGACCAACUAAAUGUCCCACUUUGUUAUGAAAGGAUUGUGUAUCAUGAUAACGCAUCCUCGUUAGAAGGUUUCUACAUGGACUGAAAACCUUCUGAUGUACAAGAUGUAGAGCAUAAGCAGUUCUAUAAACAAAAGGAAGGUGGACAGGUUUACAUUCAUUCAGCCAGCCCUUUAAUUAAAGCUCUGGCCUGAAUUGGAAGGAUGAUGAGUCAGUUUAAGGGUUGUGAUUUACUGGGGGUUGCUUGUGCCUACAGCUCAGAAAAAAAUACAUCUGUUUAUAAUGACAGAGAAAGGUGUCAUUGGAAACAACUGUAUAGAUUUUAUUGUUUUACAGAUAUAUACUCAGGGACCAAACUGUCUUCAACUCUUCAUCUCUAUUUUUCAAAAUUAGACCAGUUGUAUAACUUUUCAUUUUGAAAAUGAAUUUUUGUUUAGAAAAGCAGUCAAAUACAAAAUACUUUCCACUUCCAGCACCAUCCUUAUUUGCAAUACAAGUAUCAUGGGACUAAAAGGAACAAAUUGUGUAUAAUUGUUUCUCCUUUGAAAAAAACCAAACACAUAAGCACAUCAUGUAACUAUUACAAAUUUAAAGAGUGUUCUCAUGAUACACUCUAGCCUUUGUUAUACAGCUGUUUUACUUGGCAAAUCUUCAGCCUUGGUCUGGUAAAUUUCUACAUAAACCUUCUCUGCUCCAGCCUUUUGAAAAUAAUCUAAAUUGGAUAGGUACUGCAUUUAGUACAGUUUUGUUAAACAACACCCUGUACCUAAUUUCUCCUUUAAUCCAGAAUAAUAAUAUAAUACGGAUGGCAAGAAUGACUCACAAUUCAGAACACAAGAACAACACAGAAAACAAUUGACUGAGAUGUUGUAAGUAAACUUGGAGACCUAAAAUCCGUGUACAAUAUGUGCAAUGUAUAUAAAUUGAGUCAGAAUAAUAUUUACUUCCUGUUUUUAAUUUGUAUCUAUACAUUUCAUAUUAUAGUACUAAUAUAAUGUUCUUGCACACUGAAUACAUGAUGCUGCGUCUGCACUACUGGACCUAGGAGCACUUUCCAGUUGCCUUUUUCAGGUGCAAGCCCCAGUGCUACAUAGGUCAAAUGUAUAAAAAUUACAUCCAUUGUUUUUCUUCCAGUCCUCUCUUUUUUGUUCCAGUGCAAAUAAACCACUUCUGCAGGCUCAUUUCUGAAAUGGAUCAGCACCAUACUCUUAAUAGAUAAUUUAGGUACAACCAUGAAGAAGGUACUGAAACAAAUCACUGAUUCAUAGACAUUUUACAGUUUCCACUUUAGCUCAUGUUAAUGAUAACGGAUCGUUAAUCCCUUACAGCCAAUCCUCAUUGGCUUUUGUUUGAUUACUAUUUAAAACCGAAGUAAUUUCACAAUGAAAAAUCUCUGGGUUAUGUUCUUUCAAAUGCUCAUACUGAGAGAAAAAGUAUUUUCAGCCUUUUGCCCCCUAUUAAAAGUAGGGAGUAUCCUCCUAAAGAAUUAAAAUAGAUUGGAAGGGAGAUACAGGCCAUGAAGAGAACAUGGUCUUAGAAAGGGGAAAGGCAGACAGGCAAGCUGGCUUUCUUUAGAAAGCUCUCAACAUCCUGCCACAGCUGCUUAAGCACCACUUGAUGAGUGGUACCAAGGGCCAAUGCUUCCUCUUGAAAAUUACAACCAAACAACACAUGUACUAUAUCCAGAUGCUUUCAGUUUUAUAAGGUGGAAAGAGCUUCCUGGUAACUUCCACCGUUUGGUGGUGGUUGGGGCUCUGGACCCUUCUCUUUCCGUGAGGCAGGGCCAGCAGCAGGAGGUUUUACCUCCUCCUACGCAGCCAGUCCCCUGCCAUCAUCCAGGGAAGCAUCUUGGCAGCUACAAGAGACCAACAACAUUACUUCUUGUGUUGCACCCCAUGGGAAGUGAUACAGAUCCCAUGGUGAAAUUAAUUUAGGAAUUAAUACCCCUUUGCAAUCAGCAGAAUAAUUAACUUUCAGAUUUGAGGGGGGAAGGGUAUUUUCAAAAGCAAACAUGUUACUGCAUCAGUUAGGUCACAGUAUAAAGCUUCUCAAAUAUGAUUAAAAACUUCAAUUUACAAAC